UCUAGUAAAUGGACGAAAAAUGAUUUUGUAAAACUAUUGAAAUCUUUCAUUUACGUCUUUGCGAUUUAAAAUAUCGCGCCAUAGAAAUUGCAAUAUAUCGAAUAUUACCUACAAUCGUCGCCAGAGUAGCCAUGUUUAUGAGUGUUUACUUCUGUCAAUUACAUUAUAAAGUUUAGACGAUUUUUACAAAGGCAUUUUGGAAAUAUGAAGAAAUUAUUACGGAAUAAUCAAUCAAAACUUGUAAUAAUAUCUUCUGAUGAAGACAAAAAUGAACAGAAAGAACGUAGAGGUAUAAGGAAACAAUUAAGGAAUAAACAAAUCCAACCUAUAAUCAUAUCUUCCGAUGAAGAGAAUGAUAAAAAAAAAGAAUUUGUUGGUAAGAAGAAAACAUUACGGAAUAAACGAAGCAGAUUAAUACUUACAUCUUCUGAUGAGGACGAAGAUGAAAAAAAAGAAAUUGAUAAGAAAGUUGUUAAGAAAGACGUUACAGUUAAAGAUGAUAAAAAGACAACAAUGAACAAAGGUAAGAGAGUAAGAAAUGCACAUGUAAGAAAAAAGAUAAAAAAAGAAGAAAACGUUGAUGAAAGUAAUAAUGAUAAAGAUGCAAUUCCAAAGGAAGAAGUAGACAAAUGUAUGGAUGUAAAGAAUCCAAAAAGGACAAUCCAAAAUGUAGAUGAAUUACAAAUGACUAAUUCUAAUGCGAAAAAGAGAAAAUUAGAGAAAGAUUUAUCGGUCGAAGGUGAAAAAAAAAACAUAGAUAUAAAUAAACUUUCUACCGAAUGUGUGGAAUGGACAAAUGUAGAUUACAUUUGCGAAGUACAAAAUAUCGAUAAACAAAAAGCACAAAAUAUUGUUAAACUUUUCCAAGAGGAAAAUACUAUACCUUUUAUUGCAAGGUAUAGAAGAAACAUGACAGGUGGUAUGGAAGCGGAUCAAUUAAGAUUUUUAAAAGAAUGCUUCGAUAGAGCCAAUGCAAUAAAACAUCGCGCUAACACAAUUAUUAAAGCUAUCGACAAAUUAGGAAAGUGGACGCCAGAUAUUCACUCUGCAUUAGUAUCUACCAAAUCUGAAGAUGAUUUAGAGCAUAUUUAUUCCAUGUUUAAAGUUACGUCUAAGCAAUCGUUGGCAGAAAGGGCCAAAUCGGUUGGCCUAGGUCCUAUAAGUAAUGCAGUUAUAGAAGGAAGAGAAAUUCCUUCUUUAUUCUCAUUAGUCGAUCAAGAAAAGACAGGAUUGCAAACGGAGCAACAAAUAAAGGAAGGAAUUGUACAUAUUAUAGCAGAUGUAAUUAGUAAACAUAAAGUUAUUUUUGACAAAGUAAAAAUGCUUGAAAAAGAAUUUAUUAUGGACAUUCAUACAGUGCCGUUAAAAACGAAGGAUAAAUCUAAAGACAAAAAGGUAGAGAAAAGCGUAGAUAAAGAAAAGUAUGAAAUAUAUUUGAAUUUCAAGAGUAAGACAAGUAAUAUUAAGCCAUAUCAAAUUCUAGCUAUUAAUAGGGCAGAGUCGCAAAAAGUUCUUACUGUUAAAAUCCUUAUACCCGAUCCUUUGGUGGGUUUAUUUACAGAUUAUUGUAUGAGUUUUUUCAAAUCUGGAGUUCAAGCAUCCAACUUACAUUUGACGUUAUUGAGAGAUAGUAUAGAUUACGCGUUUAAAAAGUUUAUUAAACCGUUAAUAGUUAGAAGAAUACGAAGCGAAUUAAAAGAAAGAGCUGAAAGUGCAUCCAUAGAAGUAUUUGCUACCAAUGUCAAACAGUUGCUUUUGACGCCUCCCGUGCGAGGAAAAAUCGUAAUAGGUGUAGAUCCAGGUUUUUCUCAUGGAUGUAAAUUAGCAGUAGUGUCGGAGCAAGGAAACGUUUUAGAAACUGCUAUUAUAUAUCCUCAUAAAAAAAUGCAAGAUUCAGAGAAGUCGAGUAUAAUUUUGAUCGAUUUAGUGAGGAAAUAUAAUGGUACUAUCAUAGCACUUGGCAAUGGUACAGCAUGCAGAGAAACAGAAAUAUUUCUUUCUAAUUUAAUUAAGUCGAAAGCCUUUGAACCACUCGACGUUUCUUACACGAUAGUCGACGAAUCGGGAGCAUCUAUAUACAGCUGUAGUACGGAAGCCAAACUAGAGUUUGACAAUCUUGAUCCAAAUAUUAUCUCUGCGAUUUCAAUCGCAAGACGUAUACAAGAUCCGCUUGCUGAACUGGUGAAGGUAGAACCAAAACAUCUAGGAGUAGGAAUGUAUCAACACGAUUUGCCCCAAAAGCAGUUAAUGCAAUCGUUGAAUGAAGUUGUUACAGAAGUAGUAAGUUUUGUCGGUGUCGAUAUCAACACGGCUUCCCAUUCUCUUCUUAGAAAAGUUGCUGGUUUGAAUCAAUCUAGAGCGACCAACAUCAUAGAAUGGAGGAAUAAGCAUGGUCCAUUUUUAAACAGGCAACAAAUUUUGAAAGUAAAAGGCAUUGGCAAUAAAACUUUUGAACAGUGUGCUGGAUUUAUAAGGAUUCUACCAGAAACAGUAGUUGUUGCUGGGAGUAAAAUAAAAAAAUCGAAAGAUCCUAAUGAAUCUCUUAAUUUUUUGGAUCAAACUUGGAUUCAUCCGGAAUCAUAUCCUGUAGCAUAUAAAUUCUUAAAAUCGGCAGGAUGUAACAUAGAAGAAAUAGGCAGUUUGUCUUUCAUAGAAACAAUCAAAGCGUUCAUCGAAAAGGACGGCCCAAAUUUUCUCAACAAAUUUCUGACGGACGAAGACACCUUAGGAGUUAUAAUAACAGCUUUAACAACGAAAAAAGAUGAAGAUAUAAGAAUGAAAUUUCAAAGUCCUUUGUUUCGUUCUUGUUUGCGAAACAUCGAAGACUUGACUGACGGUACUUUGUUGAGCGGGGCAAUCAGAAACAUUACGCACUUCGGUGUAUUCGUAGAUGUUGGGGUAGAAAAAAAUGGUCUUAUGCCUACGAGACUGUGCAAGGGCCAAACACUUUACGUAGGUCAACGCGUGGAAGUAAAAGUCGUCAACGUCGAUCACAGACGCAAUAGAUUCAACUUGGAAUUAUUAAAGACUAUUUAAAAUAAUAUACAAAACUUUUUAUAUCGACUAUGCAGAAAAUCGAUUAUCGAAUUCUAUCGUUUUCUUAACUUUUCUUUUCAUUUAUAUAUAUAUCAGCAUUGUCCAAGGAUGGAAUAAGGAAAGUUAGACAGCGCUAUUAUAAAGAAAUAGAUAGAUCGAUUAUUUGUUGAUUCUUUACGAAGACAUUGAAGAAAAGAUAUUUUUGUACAUAAUUGAAAGCUUUUCUAAUCAAUUUGAAGUACAACAAUAUGUGUAAUCAAAAUAUUAUUAAUUUGAUCUUUACAGAAGAAUAAAUUUGUUGGUUUAAUUUAUGAUAAUUCGAUUCGAAGUAUUAUUUGAACUCCUACUGUCGUUAACGAUGAGAGACAAAUGAAAAUUUGGGUUAAACUAAUUUUUGACGUGGCAUUAAUUGAUUUUUGGAUUAACUACCCUUCUUUAGCCCCCGAAAUGUUUGCAAAAGAAAAAUUGGCCAGCGAAUUGACAAGAUGUGGAAGACCAUAAAGCUGAAAACUUUACAGCCCACCUAUAUGUAUAUUCUUUCUAUAAUUUUUGUUGUUGUAAUUAAACUGUAGAAAAUGUAUUUUUCCAUCUAACAUAAAACAAACUGGUAGUGCAUAUGAAAUUUUCCUUCGUUUCCUCGGAAACAUUUAAGUAUUGGAUCUAAUUACUUGCAGUGUAUGGCCCCGUAAAACUGUGUAGAGUUAACGAAAAAUUAGUUUUGAAGUAAGAGAAGUUGGACAGCGCUGAUAUAUAUCAUUUUAUUCGACUUUUGUAGAGAUUGCGAAAAAAAAAUAAAUUUAUCCAGCGAAAUAUAAUU